AUGAAGCAUUCUCGCGAAACAAUUCGGCUCAUGGCUACAACAGAGUUAAGAAGCUACUCUGAUGAUGAACUUCCAGUGAUUACACCAUGUUCUGCUCCUUAUUCAUCUUUUGAUUCAAAUAGAGAUUCUAUUUUAAACCCAUUUGGAAACUUUCUUCCAUCUGUAAAGGUGUAUUCAGAGCAAGAUGGAACAUAUGUGACAUUCCAUAUUAAGACUGCAGAAACAAAUGUUGCAGAUCUUAAAAAUUUUAUUAACUCAUUAAGAGAUACUAAGAGAACGCACCAAAGUAGUAUGAAUUCUCAGGCAUCAACUAUGGAUUCAGAUCUGAAUUCAUCUCAGCAAAAAAAGGAUGGUGAGAUGUCGCUAUUUGGACGGAAUAUUUUAAUAUAUGGAGAUAUACCAGGUCUGCCAAAGAGAAUGUUUUCUGACUCUGAUACAAUUUUACAAGUUAUUAGAGAAACACAUGAUUUGAAGUUGUACUACUCUAGUGAGAGUUUUGAAAAUAAAAAGUAUUCUGAAAAUGAAUUAAUGGUUACUGUAUAUCCAAAAGCAAACUUAUAUGAAUUUGGAAUCAAGUGUUUAAUCACAAUUUCUGAGUCUGGAUUAAAAUUUGUUACAGAAAGAGAAGAGAAAUCAUCUAAUAAAAUCAUUUUUAUAAGCUUUGAUGAUGUUUGUUCAAUUGUUGUAUAUAAACAAGUAGAAAAUUGCUUUCUUAUUAAAAGAAAGAGCAUUGGAAAGAAUCCAUUUCUAAUUCGAGCAUGCUCAAGUUUUGACUUUAACAUUAUAAAGAAAAGACUUAAGCAGGUUUCGGAAAUAAACAGAGACUCCAAACUUAUUUCUGAUGCAGAUUCUAGGCUGGCUUUGUCCAACGCUAAUAUCAACAAUGUUGGAUCAUUGACUAACAUGAAUGCUUUAACCACAUUUUAUGAAUUUUUAAGCUCUGAGCUUGGGAGGAUCUUUUUCUUUAAAUGGAUUGAAUCCAUUGGCCAAGAUUCACAGAAAUUUUUUGAAAUGAAAAUUAUGAAAUUCAAACCCGAAAAUAAUGAUUUGAAUAAUCUUGUUACAUUUAAACAAAUUAAAGAAGCUCUACUUAAUCAAGAAUACUCUUUACUAGCUGAGGAGAAAGGAUUUUAUGAUUUACUAGUUCAGUUUGAAAGGUAUGUAAAAGAAACCUCACCCCCUAUUGAGGACAUAUUGCAGGUUAAUUAA